GUAGCAGCGGGAUGAGGAGCAGAUGCCUUGGUUUAAAGAUAGCAGCUGGGUGGGAUUUAGGAGGACUGGGCUCCCCAGGCCAAGAAAGUUAUGACAGGCCAAGCUAAGGCAAAAACCUCGAAGGAUUAGGGCCACUUUACUCGACUCAGUUGCAUUAGAAGAACAUAGAUUUUUGCCAGAGAAAGACGCAUUAGCGGAGAAGAAUCAUCAUGUUGGGAAUAGCCUGCGAUCCACUGCAGCACACGAGCAUGUACGAACGCGGCUCAGAUGAUAGUGAAGACAGCGAUGGAGAGGGCGGCCUGGGCAACGUUUCCCGGGUUAUCAUCCGACCGCCCGGCCAAAGCGGCAAGGCCAAGAGAGGUCAUCUCUGUUUCGAUGCGGCUUUUGAAACGGGAAACCUGGGGAAAGCGGAGCUGGUGGGAGAAUUCGAGUACGAUUUGUUCCUGAGACCCGACACCUGUAAUCCACGCUUUCGCUUCUGGUUCAACUUCACCGUGGACAAUGUGAAACAAGAUCAGCGAGUGCUCUUCCACAUUGUAAACAUCAGCAAGAGCAGGAAUCUGUUUUCAUCCGGACUGACUCCGUUGGUUAAAAGUUCCAGUAGACCCAAAUGGCAAAGGCUGUCCAAGCGGCAGGUGUUCUUUUACCGGUCGGCCAUGCAUCAAGGGCACUAUGUGCUAAGCUUUGCUUUCAUUUUCGACAAGGAGGAGGAUGUCUACCAGUUUGCAUUGGCUUGGCCAUAUAGCUACUCCCGUUUGCAGUCGUAUUUGAAUGUAAUUGAUGCCAGACAGGGAGCAGAUAAGCGGUUCACUCGGAGUGUGCUAAUUAAAUCGUUGCAAAAUCGCAACGUGGACCUGCUGACCAUCGACCAUGUGACCUCCAAACAGCGCUCCACAAAUCGCUUGGAUCGCAGCUUUAUCCGUGUGAUUGUUAUCCUAUGCAGAACGCAUUCCAGUGAAGCUCCAGCCUCCCAUGUGUGCCAGGGUUUGAUCGAGUUCCUUGUGGGCAACCACCCCAUUGCCGGGGUAUUGAGGGAUAACUUCGUCUUCAAGAUUGUGCCCAUGGUGAAUCCGGAUGGGGUGUUCCUCGGCAACAAUCGCUGCAAUCUGAUGGGCCAGGACAUGAAUCGCAAUUGGCACAUUGGGUCAGAAUUCACGCAGCCGGAAUUGCACGCGGUGAAGGGCAUGCUGAAGGAGUUGGAUAAUUCAGAUACCUAUCAGAUUGAUUUUGUGAUCGAUCUGCACGCUAAUAGCAGCAUGCAUGGCUGCUUUAUUUAUGGGAACACUUACGAGGAUGUCUACAGGUACGAGAGGCACCUGGUGUUCCCGCGACUCUUUGCCAGCAAUGCUCCGGAUUACGUGGCGGAUCACACGAUGUUCAAUGCGGAUGAACGAAAGGCGGGCAGUAUGCGGAGAUUUAGUUGCGAGAGACUCAGUGAUACGGUGAAUGCCUACACUUUGGAGGUCUCCAUGGCGGGUCACUUCCUCAAAGAUGGCAAGACCAUAUCCCUGUACAACGAGGAUGGAUAUUACCGAGUUGGCAGAAAUCUGGCAAGGACACUGCUGCAGUACUACCGCUUUAUCAAUAUCCUGCCCAUGCCGAUAGUGACUGAGGUCCGGGGCAAACGUCGGGGGCGGAACCGGCAUGCCCACCACUCGAGAUCCCGCUCGAAAACCCGCUACGAGGUGAAGCCCCGACCAAAAACCCCGCGAUGCCACGCCCCCAUUGCCUACACCAACCUCAGUAUCUGCUACGAUUCAGGGGGCGGCGGUGGCGGAGGAGGAGGAGGAGGAGGUGGUUCCUCUGACGAGGGAGGCUUCUCACCCGCUCGACCUUUGGCCCCCGGCAGCAGCUGUUUCAGUGGCUAUCGAAAUUACAGAAGGGCGGCCACAGCAAGUUGCUCCCAACAUCCUGGACACGAUCAGUACUCCCCCUUCGCCUUGGGAGCCCUAAAAACGGGGAGUGAUCAUGGAGGGGGAGGUGUGGUGAAAGGCAAGAGGUCAGCAGCGGUCACCAUCGAAGUUCCUUUGCCCGUGAAUGUACCUCCCAAACCAUAUCUGUCCAUCAUCGAUUUAAAUCAACUAACCAGGGGAAGCCUGAAACUAAAGUCCAAUAGUUUUGAUGCCGCGGACAGAAGAUAGGGUGAGUGGUGAUAUUGGACAAGGGUUAGUGAUCGUUCCAUCGUUAAGGAUCCGAAAUGGGUGAUAAGUUGUUUUAGAUAUAUUCAAGUCUUUUUUAUGCCUCUAGCUUGUUUUUCUAAAUUAAAAGUUAUAACAAUAAAUCCAUAGACAAUUGUAAUUGAAAUGGCCUGUUGUUGGGUAGGAUCAUAAUAUCUUAAAUAUUAAUAGGAGUUCUUUUGGGAUAUGUAAUGAUUUUCAUUAACCUGGUUAAAAUGUUUUUCUUUCGAAUAAAAUCUGACCAACUUUGAGAUUUCAAUCACAAGCUAAUCUUGUACUAAGACAAGUAAAAUUAAAACCAACAACGCGUAGGCAAAAAUAAGAAGAUAUUUUUAUUUAUUUACAAACAGAUCGCCUUCAUCAAAUAGCAAUGAAUGGAAAUUUCUGUAAUAUUUAAACAAAUAUUUUGUUUUAUUAUACAGCAAUCGCAACAGUACUGCAAUAGGUUGUGUUUAUAAAUAAAUAUCUUCAAUUUAUAAAUUCACAAACCAAUUCCUUAGGUUCUACCAAUUCCAUAAAAUCGAUCAAAGUAAAGAAGUGUCCAUUCCUUCCUUAAAUGACCGCUUUACAUUAGUACAGGUUUAUUUAAUAUACUCGACAAGAAUUCACGCAAGUAAACAGAAUGAUGGGAUUAAAGUCUCGUUUUUAAAUGCAAUCAAAAUUAAUUCACCCUCUCCUUUGUGUCCUUCUAAACAAACAGUUAUGCGACCACUUUUCACUCGGAAGAGCGAAGGGCAACAAGUCGGGCGAUUGAGUGAUACAUUUGAGUGAUUUCGCUUAUCUCCACUAGCUUUGUUGUUGUUGCCUAUUCUUAAUCUGGCUCGAGACCAAAAAACAAUAAACACAUAUUGCACUCAAUUGGCUACAUGUGAGCUUUUAUCACACAAUUUAGUUAUUUAGU